AUGACUGUGUUUCAUGGCUUAAUUGUUCACUACCUGAAAAACAUUCCCUUUCAUUUUCAACACAUCGCCUGCGAUUCGGUUGAUGUUGCCAAUGAUCUUUUAAGGAGCUGUCACAUAAACCAGCACAUAAAGCAUCUGUCUGAAUGUGGUGCUGAUUUGUUUGUUCAUCUUUAUGAGUCAAUCUUAGGAGAAAAAGUGCCAGAUUUCAUAGCAACCCCUAGAAGCCAAGAGGAUGAUGCACAUAAUGUACAAGCAGUAAUCGAUUCCCUGGCAUUGGACUAUUUGCAGGUCAGCUUGUCACACAUCACUGGUGAGAACAUUGUGAAAGGAGAAAGGGAAUCUAUCAGAAACCUCCUUGAAAUAUUUGAUGGUUUGUUAGAGUAUCUUACAGAAGAAGCCAGUGAGUCUUCUCAGAAUGGAGAUGAGGUAAAUGGGCUAUGCAAUAAUGAAAUUCAAAUUGCAUCUCAAGAGCAGCUGGAAAGCAAUGCUGGUCAACUUAGGCAACCUUCAAUAUUCUUAUCAGUUGAAGGGUCCCAAUCAGAAUUUUUUGUUCCAUCUUGUGAUGCAGAUGGAUCAGAAUCUACCAGUGAAUUAAUUAGACUUGGAGAUACUGCUCAUUCAUUUUCCAAGAGAGACAAAGAAUUCCAGUCACCGGAAUUGUUACCACGAGAAAAGGACAAGGGGGUGGAAGAAUCUAAAAACUCAGAGGCUAUUGCAAUAUUACCUGGACAGUUCUCUGAAACUGAAAGGGCCAUUGUAAAGGAAAAGGAAGAUGGAUCAAUGGUGUCUGUUCAUACUACUGAACCUCAAAAAGAGAGCUUGAGAGCCAGUGCUACAAAACUUGGGGAGCCUAUACAACAAGCUAUUCCUUUGCUACCACCAUUUCAGCCUUCAAAAGCCAGAUCCCAUUAUCCUGGAUGGAGAGAUUAUCACAGCUCAGACAAAUUUUCUCCAUUUCUGUAUCUUGAAAAGGCACUUACACAAAAAUCUGAAGAUAUUUCUGGUAGUCUUCCUCUACCAAGGACAAUCCCUGUGGAAGACAAGGUGGUACCAAAUGAUGCUGAGGACAAUGUGGCAAAGGUUCCAUGGGUAUAUGGGCCUUCAUCUGCUUCUUGUUUACAGCAAAAACUCUCACUACGUGCUGAGCAAGUAACACAAACUCCAAGACCUGAAUCUAGGUAUCUGCCUAGAAAGAAAAGAUAUGGAAGUUCUACCACAGAUUCACUUGAAGAGUCUCUUUCCCACAGAACAACAAAGGAAAAGCUAUCUGAGCAAGAGCUUCAUAAAGUGUCAGAAAAACUCUCUUGCAGGUUAAAUGAACUUGAUUCAAUGUUGAAGAGAGCUUUGGGUGGGCACACCAGAGAAGAAGAGUUGACAGAUGAAGACAGCCUGUCUCAGCACAGUGACAGUGUCAUGGAUUACCGCCGAAGGAAAGCUGAGAGAGACAUGCCACAUCUAAGGUACCCAAGCAGGCCAAGAUCCCUUUCUCCAUCUUCACCUUCAUCUCAGCAUCAACACUUUUCUGAUUUGGAAGAUAAACUUUGCAGUAAUGGAGAAGGCCAAAUAAGGAAAAUACGCAACCAGUUGCAAAAAGAAAGGAAUGAAAGAACAAAAAAAGCAAAGCUGGUCGCUAAAGCUUAUGAAGAUGAGCUAAGAAUUUACGAAGCUCAGGAGAGGCUUAGACUUUCCAAGCUCAGAGAAGUCAUCAAGGAGACGGAACAAGAAUACAAAGAAAACAUCUUUAAAGAACCUCCAAAAAUGCCUCAGCCAGUGAAAGUUUAUUCUAGAAAAACCACACCUCGGAAUCCCAAAUACGGCCAGUGGAUUCCAAAACGAGGGACUGUGAAGCCAAAGAAAGCAGCUCCAAUGAAAGUAAAAGAUGAUGACCUCCUAUUUCAGCUACUGGAAGAGUUUCCCCACCUGCAUAUUUCCCACCAUGCUAUGAAUAAAAUGUGGCAGCGGCAGCUUGCACAUACUGAACAACUUAAGGCAGCUUCUGGCAGAGUGACACCAAAACUCCAAAAUGAAGUUCAACAAGCCCUGAAGAAGCAUGAGCUGCUUCUUGCAAUCAUUAAAAAAGAUCAAGACCAUAACAAAAGACUGCAAGAAUUUAAGCAACGUAUCGGCCGACAGAAACGGGCUCAGAAUAACAUGAGAGAGAAACGCCAGCAAAUUGCUCGAGCCAGGAAAUAUUAUGAAGAUUACCGGGUUCAGUUGCGUGCCAAGAUGAUGCGGGCUAGGACACGGGAAGAAAGGAUAUUUAAAAACUUAUUUGAAGAAGGCUUAGAAAUUCAGAAGCAAAGACUGAAGGACCUGAGAGCAUAUGCUCAAGAGAAGCGUGCUGAGCAAAGGCAAGAGCAUCAAAAUGAGUUGGAGUCUAUGGAGAACUAUUACAAAGAUCAGUUUUCCAUGCUAGCAGAAGCUUUAUCUCAAGAACGCCAAGAAAUCCAAACUAGAGAGAAAGCACAAGCACAAAUGCUACAGAAAACAAAAAGAGAAUUGAGAUCAAGGAUGGAAAAGGAAAUAGAGCAACUGCAAGCAGCGAUAAUGCAAAGUGAUGAUGACACCUUUUUUCAAGAACUAGAAGCAGAGAGACUGAAAUCCAGACUUCAGAUGGCUUCCUUUCAGUACAGCAAAAGCCAUUUUUUGUAA